AAAACCCAAACGACGCUAUAAAGCUCCAACCCCAAUUCUCUAUUACAGUCUAUCCAUAUAUCAUUCAUCAGAUUUGUCAUAUCAGGAUUUAACCUUACAAUUGUGAGGUAGACAUUCAAAAGAUAUAUAUACCUACCCUAUCAGGACUCAUAGAUUUUCUACGUCAUAAACCCGUGGCAUUACCACAUAGACAUAGACGUGAAUUGAUUACUUAUUUAGACACUAACAAAGUCACCCACCUCAUUCAACACAAGACAACAGACGACAACUUAUCACAACAGCUCAACUCAACACAAAUUAUUUAUUUAUUUAUUCAUUCAUCUAAUCUAAUCCAUUUGUUCAUUCGUUGUCAUUAUAUUUAUUGAUCUCCCUCCCUUUGUAAUUCCCAUUCCCAUUCCAAUUCCAAUUCCAAUUCCAAUUCCUUUUCCAUUUGUAACCAUACAUAACAUUUUGACUUGUUAAUGAAGUCAAUCCACUAGUCAUGAGUUCUCCCAAUAGUGUCGAUGAAGAUUCGGCGGGCAGUACCCAAUCCCAUGCAAUAAAAAUACCAAAGAAAUCAAAAUCAACUAAAACUUCAAAUUCAAAUAGUUCAUCUCAUAAUCGUUAUGAUUCAGAUUUUUUAAUGGAUAAUGAAUUUAAUGAUUAUAAAGAAUUAACUGAAGCAAUAAUUACUAAACGGAAAAUAUCUGAUUCAAAUAAUUCCAAUAUAUCUCAAACUUAUCAUAUUCAAAAUAAUUCCCUUUUACGAUUACCAACAGAAAUUUUAUUACAAAUCUUUCAUAAUUUAGAUCGUCGAGAUUUAUUUUCUUUAUUAACAGUUUGUAAAGAAUUUGCUGAUUUAAUUGUUGAAAUUUUAUGGUUUAGACCAAAUAUGCAAAAUGAUAUAUCAUUUAAAAAGAUUAAACAAGUUAUGGAAAUUCCAAAACAUAAAACUUAUUGGGAUUAUCGACAAUUUAUUAAACGAUUAAAUUUAUCAUUUAUGACAAAAUUAGUUGAUGAUGAUUUAUUAUCAUUAUUUAUUGGAUGUCCAAAACUUGAAAGAUUAACUUUAGUAAAUUGUACAAAAUUAUCAAGAACUCCAAUAACUCAAGUAUUACAAAAUUGUGAAAAACUUCAAUCAAUUGAUUUAACUGGAGUAACUGAUGUUCAUGAUAGUAUAAUACAUGCAUUAGCCGAAAAUUGUUUAAGAUUACAAGGAUUAUAUGCUCCAGGUUGUAGUAAUGUUCAUGAAGAUUCAAUUAUUAAAUUAUUAAAAUCUUGUCCAAUGUUAAAAAGAGUUAAAUUUAAUAAUAGUGAAAAUAUAACUGAUGAAAGUAUAUUAGCAAUGUAUGAAAAUUGUAAAUCAUUAGUAGAAAUUGAUUUACAUAAUUGUCCAAAUGUUACUGAUAAAUAUUUAAAAAGAAUAUUUACUGAUUUAUCUCAAUUAAGAGAAUUUAGAAUUAGUAAUGCAGCAGGAAUUACUGAUAAAUUAUUUGAAUUAUUACCAAAUAGUUAUUAUUUAGAAAAAUUACGUAUAAUUGAUAUUACUGGAUGUAAUGCAAUUACUGAUAAAUUAGUUGAAAAAUUGGUUGUUUGUGCUCCAAGAUUAAGAAAUGUUGUAUUAUCAAAAUGUAUGCAAAUAACUGAUGCAUCAUUAAGAGCUUUAAGUCAAUUAGGUAGAAGUUUACAUUAUAUUCAUUUAGGUCAUUGUGGUUUAAUAACUGAUUUUGGUGUAUCAUCAUUAGUAAGAUCUUGUCAUCGAAUUCAAUAUAUUGAUUUAGCAUGUUGUACACAAUUAACUGAUUGGACCUUAAUAGAAUUAUCAAAUUUACCAAAAUUAAGAAGAAUUGGUUUAGUUAAAUGUAGUUUAAUAACUGAUACUGGAAUAUUAGAAUUAGUUAGACGUCGUGGAGAACAAGAUUGUUUAGAAAGAGUUCAUUUAUCUUAUUGUACAAAUUUAACUAUUGGUCCAAUCUUUUUAUUAUUAAAAAGUUGUCCAAAAUUAACUCAUUUAUCAUUAACUGGUAUAAGUUCAUUUUUAAGAAGAGAAAUUACUCAAUAUUGUCGUGAUCCUCCUCCUGAUUUUAAUGAAGCUCAAAAGAGUUCAUUCUGUGUAUUUUCAGGUCAUGGAGUUAAUCAAUUAAGAAAUUAUCUUUGUCAAGUUAUGGAAGAAAGAACUUAUCUGAUUGAACAAGGAGAAAUUCAUGCUUUGUUUCUUGAUAGAAGAAGGAGAUUAUUAGAUAACAAUAAUAAUAAUGAUAACAACAACGAUAAUAAUAAUAACAACAACAACGAUAAUAAUGAUGAUGUUGAUAUGGGAGGUGGAGCUUGGGAAGGUAGAGCUGCAGGUUUAGGCUUAGAGGAUAUAGGAAAUCCUCCCCUUUUUGAUAUGAAUCGAGAAAUAUACAGAGAAUUAAAUGAUGGUAUUAUGAAUGCAGAUGAAAUGCGGGAACAUUUUCAACGUUUAAUACGAAAUCAUCACCAGCAAAGAGUCUAUGGCUACCAACAACAGCAACAACAACAACAACAGCAGCAGCAACAGCAUAAUGAUAAUGGUAAUGCCAAUGCUCCCCAGAUUGAACAACAAGCAGUAUUUCCCAAUGACGAGCCAGUUAUACCGGUUAUUAAUGAAGAUGAAGAUGUUGAGAUGGAUCAAGUUGCAUUAUUUCCUCGAAAUGCUCCCCGUUAAGUUCCUUGUUUCUUUCUUUCUUUCUUCCCUUUUAUUGUUUGUCACACACACUCUUUAAUUCUUUCUUUCUAACUAUUAGAACAACUACUCAUAUUUAUAGGUUAGGUUAGGCGGGUUUAAUUAAUCAAUUAAUCACCAUUAUCUUUGUAAAUUAUAAGGUUAUUUAUGUAGUUUUAAUUUUGCA